UAACCUAGUUGGUGGGGCUGCAUCCCAUCAUCCCCCUGACCACCCCCCUGCUCGGACGUUAAUCUAACCUAGCAUAACCUAACCUAAUGAGGGACUUCAAAAAUUAUACUGUUAUGCCUUUCCCUUCUUUAUUUCAACCAGAUGGCACCACUUCUAUCACAUCUAUCUCUAAAGCUGAGAGAGGGGUGGUGUGUGGGGAGCGAGGUUAUUAGUGACACAUAGCCUCUAAUCUGAUAAUUGCCCAGUACAUAGGUCAGGGAAUUCCCGAAAGGACAAUGCCAAAAUGCUUAAUUUAAAAUUAUCAGACCAUAGUCAAACUCUUUCAACUCUGUCAAUCAACAUCUACCUUUCCUUCUUGCAAGAAGUUUGCCUACAUUCAGUCUGUUCCUAAAAAGGGUGACCGUUCUAAUCCCUCAAACUACCAUCCUAUUGCUUUAAUUUCCUGUCUAUCUAAAGUUUUUUAAUCUAUCCUCAACUGGAAGAUUCUCAAACAUCUAUCACUUCACAACCUUCUACCCAGUCGCCAGUAUGGGUUCCAUCAAGGUGAUCUGGCUUUCCUUACUGAGUCUUGGUCAUCCUCUUUAAGAGAUUUUGGUGAAACUUUUGCUGUUGCAUUAGACAUCAAAAGCUUUUGAUAGAGUCUGGCACAAAGCUUUGAUUUCCAAACUACCCUUCUAUCCUUCUCUUUGUAACUUCAUCUCAAGUUUCCUUUCUGACUGUUUUAUUGCUGCUAUGGUAGAUGGUCAUUGUUCUCCUAAAUCUAUUAAGUGGUGUUGCUCAGGGUUCUGUCCUGUCCCCCACUCUCUUCCUAUUAUUCAUCAGUGAUCUAAACCAAACUUCUUAUCCUAUCCACUCCUAUGCUGAUGAUACCACCCUGCACUUUUUCACAUUUUUUUGUAGACAUCCAACCCUUCAAGAAGUAAACAGAAUGCCUGACUUCAAUCUCUCUCAAAUUUCUGAUUGUGGCAGAGCAAACUUAGUAUUGUUCAGUGUCUCAAAAACUCAAUUCCUCCAUCUAUCAACUCAACACAGCCUUCCAGACAACUAUCCCCUCUUCAGUAACACUCAUCUGUCCUCUUGUAUACUGAACAUCCUUGGACUGCCCUUUACUUAUAAUCUAAAUUGGAAACUUCACAUCUCAUCUCUAGCUAAAACAGCUUUUAUGUAGUUAGACAUUCUGAGAUGUCUUUGCCAGUUUUUCUCACCCUUCCAGCUGCUGACUGUACAGGGGCCUUAUCUGUCCAUGGGGUGGGGGGGAUUCCACUCAUACCACUAUUUUAGACAUGGUGAAAUCAAAAGCUUUUCAUCUCAUCAACUCCUCUCCUCAAACUGACUGCCUUCAGCCUCUUUCUAAUCACUGCAAUAUUGCAUCUCUUGCUAUCUUCUAGCACUAUUUUCAUGCUAACUGCUCUUCUGAUCUUGCUAACUGCAUGCCUCUCCUCCUGUGGCCUCAUUGCACAAGACUUUCCUCUUUCUCUCAACCUUAUUGUGUCCUCUUCUCUAAUGCAAGAGUUGACCAGUAUUCUCAAUCCCUUUCUCUGGUAAACUGUGGAACUCCUUGCCUGCUUCUGUAUUUCCACCUUCCUAUGACUUAAACCCCUUCAAGAGGGAGGUUUCGAGACACAUCCUUCAAUUUUUGACUGCCACUUCAUACCCUAUUCGGGGACCAGCAUCUCGACAAUGGGCAUCAGAGGUCUCUCUACUUACAUCCAUGAACACUUGCAUGAGGUUCUGGUACGUCACAAGCUGCACCAGCGCAAGGUGGUCAUUGAUGGCAACAAUCUGGCUCAUGUCCUUUAUUUUGAGUGCACUGGUAUCAAUGCAGCUUUUGGAGGAGACUAUGACAAGUAUGCAAGCUUUGUUGAAGAAUUUUUCAAAGGACUGCAAGUAUGUGAGGUUUACCCUAUAGUCAUAAUGGAUGGAGGACAGCCGCUGGACAACAAGAAGAUGGACACUGUACGAGAGAGAGUUACAAACCAAAUCCAGACGUGUCUCAACAUCUCACCAAGUAGCCAAUACCGCCUGAAAGUCUUCCCUUGCAUGGGCCGGGAUGUAUUUGUUUCAACACUGAAGAAAAUGGGCAUUGUUGUGUUGCAAACAGACUUUGAGGCAGACUUAGAAAUUGCCAUGUUAGCCAAAGAACUGGGGUUGACUGUCCUCAGUAAUGAUUCAGACUUCUACAUGUUCAACGUGCCUUUUGUCCCUCUGAGCUCCAUCACCUAUAAUAAAGUCAGCACUGGAAAAAGAAAGAGGUCCAAUGAGAUGUUUAGCUAUAUAAACUGCAACCACUUCAGUCAAGAGAAGUUCUGCCAGGUGACUGGCAUUGAUCCUGCACACUUACCUAUCCUUGCCACACUCCUGGGAAAUGACUAUUUAGCAUUUGAUCACUUCAAAGACUUCUAUAGCAUUUUGGAGGGUGAAAACAAGAGGUCAAGAAUGACAUCUCGCCAUAACAUCAUAAAGAAUGUCCUCGCUUGGUUAUCACAUAAAAAAGACAAGACGACUGAAGAAAUCCUCUCUAUCAUUGUCAGCCACUGCAGUACCAAGAACUUGAGAAAGAAGAUGAGAGCAUCAAUGAGGAACUACACUGAUACUGAUAGCAAUCUGAUUAACAUAGUAUCUGAAAACAUCCUAAAAUAUGCCCUUGACAGUACUGGAAAGCCCCACCAUUUUUCUGUGGAAAACUUUGAAGAGAAAGAUUGUAUCUUUCAGAAUCCCAGUUUGAGUGAAAUGAAUGAUGUUGGGACAUCCUUGUUUUGCAAAAAUGGGAAGACACUUCCUAAUUGGUUUGUGUUAGCUUACCGAGCUCACAGGAUACCUCAUGAAGUUGCAGACAUUGUGACACAGGAGUAUUUUAUUUCUCCUCCACAGGUGGAGGAGAAAUCCUUUGCCUCAGCAUACUUGCUUGUUGAGCCGAUUGUGAGGACUGUCUAUACCAUGCUGUGGAAAAGUUCUCAGACAAGCAACUGGGACCAAAAUCAUAGCAGUUGUGACAAUGCAGCUUUAAAUAAUUAUGUACAGGAAUCAUCUAUGUCUCAGAGCUGUGGAUUGGAGGAUCCUUGGGCUGCAUCUAAAAAUUAUGACUCUGAUGUUGUUGUUGAAGAAGACAGUGAAGAAAGCCUUUAUGAUGAGGAUGAGGAGAGGAAUGAAGAAAAUCAACUUUUGAACAAGGAAGAAAUUAAUGAAGCAAUUACUAAUAGAGAAGAAAUGCAAGAAAAAUAUAGGAACUCUUUGAUUAUUAGUGAAAAUGUAAGAGUAAUUAAUGAAGUAGUUGAUGACUGUGACUUACAGGUUAAGAGUCACAAAGCAAGGAAGGAAUGUCUUAAGUGGUAUUUGAGGAAGGGAAGUAGAAUGUGGAUUAAGAAAAUAUCACUACUAUCUUAUGAAAAUGCAAAGACAUUGCCUUCACUGAAUGAAGUUGAGUUAUUGUCAGUUUCUGAGAAAAGGAAGGUGUUUUAUUCUAUACUCAAGAGUAAUCUUCAGUCCUCCAGUUUAGAUCUGCCUGAUGAUUUACAAUUAAUUUUUGGCUUCAUCAUUUUUUGGUAUGAAGAAAGUAUGUCAUCAUUAAUAGACAUACAUGUUUUAUCAGUCUUAGUCUGUAUGUUCAUGUUCUACAUUAUUGAUGGCAAAGUUGGAAGGAUAAGAACAAGAAAAGCCUUUGAGGAUGAAGAAAAAUGGAAAGCGCAAUUUGCCAUUCUAAAAGAUGAUGCAUCAUAUUGCUGUCCAGGAGAUAAUGUAGAAGACACUCUGGCUCAGGUGUCUCAAGAAGAAUGUUUGCUGGCUGGACACAGGCUCUUCAAGUUUCAUCACAUGGAUCAGAAGAUCAAUGACAAGUACUACAACAAAAAGACAGUUCAUGCAUUUAGUGAAUACCAAGCUUGCAUAUAUUUUGUGCAGCUGCUCAACACUUUACUAGGUUCUCCAUUUCCUCUCCUUAGUGUUGAAUACCUCUGGGGUGGCACAUUUUGUUACAAUGUAUUCUAUGACUUGAAAAAGAGAAAAUGCCCUCUGAACAGAGUUUCAGAAAUAUUGGGUAAAGGAAGUUGCCUUGAAAAAUUGUUUUUAAUAUUUUUUAGACAAUUGAGUGAAAUUCUGAAUUUUAAGAAGUAUUUAGGAAUUAUAUGUCUUGAAAGCAUGAAAAUUUGUGAAAAAGAAAAGCCUGUUGAAAGUAUAACAGUGCUUGUGAACAAUGUUACUGAGAAUAUUCCAAAGAAAAAGAAGAAAAGAAGAGGUGGAAGGAGGUCAAAUAAAAAAACUACUUGUAGUGACAAAGGAAAAGAUUCAGAGAAGAAAGAAGUAAGCCAAGAAGAAGAGGAGUUGCUUUGCCUUCCGGAUGGCACAGAAGAAAGAGAAGAGGAAGUGGAUCUACUGGACAACUUCUUUGCUGGCCUGAUGCUGUAAUUGAAGGUAUGGGGCCUCUCCUCUAGAUUAAAAACACCAAGUUGUUUAAUUGAUUGUUACUUAUUAGUGCAAAGUUUCAUGUUUGACUGUUGCAACAUAUUACCAUGAUUAUCAUUGCUGUUAUUAUCAUCAUUAUCAUCAUCAUCAUAACUGUGUAUGUGAUUUUCUUUUUGAGGAAAUAGUGAAAAAAGGAUAAAAGAAGACCUGAUAUCCCUCCUCAGUGUCAAAAUUCAUUUGGUUUCAUAAGUAACUCAAAAACAAAAUUUCAAAUGCAUUACAUAAAAGGAAUUUUAAAAAGCACAAAUAACUGCUCCUGAUGGUGUGGUAAUUUGAUGACAAGCAGGAUAUUAUGCAAAGGUGGAGUGAAUGAGAGGAAAACUUCCAUGAAAUGGGGUGUUGAGAGUGAUGGAAUGUGAAAGAGUGAAAUGUUCAAAAGAGGAACAAAUGGUGACAAUUUUGCUAUGGCCAUUUCCUUGAAAGAAUUCUACUGAAUGGGCAUCAGAGUAGAUCAAAUUACUGCAUUUCCCAUUGGAAAAGAUAUUGUGUAUAAAAUGCACCAUAUUUUUACAGCCAUUUAAAAAUUUUGUUGCUGCUACAUAGAACUUUUCUACUUUUCUACUGGAAAGUGCAUCUGAUGUCAGCAAAUACUUUAGAUAUUAUAUCAUCUUAUAUUGUAUACACCAUAGUAUAUUAUUUAUCAUAUCAUUGUCAUCUUUCGCACACACAUGUCAUACCAAAAAAUCACUGGAUGCCAAUUAAAGACUGCAACUUGUUUUGGAGUUAGCUCUACUAUGCUAAUCAUAACAUAUUUUUCUGACUGAUAAAAAUAACAUCACA